AUGGGAACUUCCACCGCUUUGGCGACACCCGGUGGCCAACUCCUUGUCGACCCAGCCAAAGCGCGCCUGGCCCAGACGCAUCCGCUCGACUACGAUCGCGCUACCUUGCGCCGCUAUCUGGGAGCCCCUUCGACCAUGACCUUGCCUGACGGAACCCAGAACUACAUUCCUUACAUCAGUCAUGUCAACGGCGUGCACAUUGACGCAAAAGCUAUUAGCGAAGGCGUCUUUAUCCAGAGGGACCGUCUGCCGAUCUGCUUGAUUGCUGACUUGGAAAUGCUUUUGACCGAGAAGGACCUACUCAAACUCCUCAAGAGAUACAUCAAGUUCCUGG